GCCUGUACCUAAGAUUAUAUUCACUAACUCUGUGGCAUGAAAUCCACUGCCUUUUGUGGGGACUCAAAGGGUGGAGAGGUUCAAUUACACUUCCUUUGAUGGUCACGCUUAUCAUUCUCUCUCGUCUAAAAGUAGAUUCCAAGUUUUCCAGACCUUCAUACUCCACCACUAUAUAUAGCAGCUCAAUUCUCUCCCAUUUUCCAUCGAUUGAGCUUCAAAGUUGGUUAACUGUUAGUAUCACUAAAGAUGUCAAGGGAUCCUCUUGUUGUGGGAAAUGUUGUUGGCGAUGUCUUGGAUCCGUUUCUCAAGUCUGCGUCACUACGGGUAAUAUACAACAACAAGGAAGUUACGAAUGGUUCUGAGCUCAAGCCAUCAAUGGUCGUGAAUGAGCCGAGGGUGGAUUUUGGAGGGCGUGACAUGAGAACACUUUACACCCUUGUGAUGGUAGAUCCUGAUGCGCCUAGUCCAAGCAAUCCGACCAAAAGAGAGCACUUGCACUGGUUGGUGACAGACAUCCCAGAAACAACUAAUACGAGUUUCGGAAAUGAGAUUGUGUCCUAUGAAAGUCCACAGCCAACAGCAGGGAUUCAUCGAUUUGUGUUUGUGCUCUUCAGGCAGAGUGUUCGACAGACUAUAUACGCACCUGGAUGGCGUCAAAACUUCAAUACCAGGGACUUUUCUGCACUUUACAACCUUGGACCGCCUGUUGCUGCCAUAUACUUCAAUUGCCAGAGAGAGAAUGGUUGUGGUGGUAGAAGGUACCGACCAGGAAGCGGCUGGCUCUGAUGAUAUGAUAUAAAGUUUUAAGUUAAUAAUAAGGUUAUCAUCUAUUUAGAUUCAGUGUCAAAAAAGGGCAGGCUCGAUAAGACCCAUGAUGCUUUCUUCCUCCUUAUGGACCGGGCUUCACUACUUGCAGAAGUUUGCCUUUUCUUUUCCUUUUUCUUCUUUAAUGCAUGUGCCUAAAAUCAUGUAUAUUUUCCCUCAAAUAUUUUAGGCAGUUAAGGGAAUGUAAUGCAGUAAUAGUUGUGUCAUUGCAGUUUCUAAAAGCAAAGUACAUUUAGCAUUGUGCGAGUCCAAGCUUAGUUCACUAUGACAAAGCACAUACCGCAAACAUAGUUUCCAAUAAAAUCAUGGCUCUGAACUCAAUUCCAUUGUCAUGAGGGGUAAGUAAUAUAACAGAAAACACAAUUAUUUAUCAUUUAAAAGAGAAGAAAGUGCAUAAUAAGACUACAAGUUGUGCGCUCUGUAACAUAGUUACUAAUCUUCAACUUCAGAGCUCACAUAUAAAAUUGAAGAAUAAUUACGCAAUUGGUGCGCUAGAGGAGCAUAGGCUUGGAGAAAAUAUAUCCAAAUAAUAA